AUGAUUCUAGUACAUGCAAGUUAUGUGAUACUAGUAAAGGAUAUAGAUUAGGUUCAGAUAAAAAAUGUACUUUAUGUAAGUUGUAUGCAAUGCGAAGCAGGUUAUUAUGUUGAUACUAAAACUAAAUUUUGUGUUAAAUGUUCUUCUAAAUAUGCUAAUUGUUAAUCAUGUGAUAAUCUCUAAUGUAAAAAAUGUAAUAAUGGAUAUUAAAUUGAUUCUAUUUAAAAAUAAUGCAAAUAAACUUCUGUUAAAUCUGGAACUAUUGUAAAAACUGGAGCUACUGUAAAAACUGGAACUACUGGCACUACUGGAACUACUGGCACUACUGGAACUACUGGCAUUACUGGAACUAAUCUAAAAACUGGAGCUACCGGAGCUACUGGCACUAUUGGAACUACUAGAACUACUGGAACUACUGUAAAAUCUGGAACUACUGGAAAUACUAGUAAUACUGGAGUUACAGGAAACAAAGGAAAUACUGGAAUACCAGGAAAUAAAGGAAUAUAAUGCCCAACCGGAUGUAAGAAUUAAUUGUAAAGAAUGUACGGAAACUAAAUGCACAUAAUGUGCUUAUGGAUAUACAUAUAAUGA